AUGCAGCAGCCCCCACUCCCACGCAAGCCUCCCAGUGACGGCAUCCCGUACUUGGGCUCGCGUAUCUCGUUGAUUUCUAAGACAGACAUUCGCUAUGAAGGUUUUCUUUUCAAUAUUGACACCCGCCAGAGUAUCGUUGCGUUGCAAAACGUGCGUUCUUUCGGGACCGAGGGCCGACGAGUCGAGCAUGUGCCUCCUUCGCCGCACGUUCUGCAGUACGCAACCUUUAAAGCUGCUGAGAUCAAGGAUCUCCAUGUUUGCGAAGCCGCACCGCAACCUCCACAACCGUCCGCUCAGCUCCCCGCCCAUCCUCCACAGCCUCCUGUUCAGCUUCCACGGCCUCCUGUUCAGCUUCCACAGCCUCCUGUUCAGCCUCCACAGCCUCCUGUUCAGCCUCCACAGCCUCCUGUUCAUCCUCCACAACCUCCAGAUCAGCCUCCAUUACCCACUGGUCCCCCACCACCAGUUGUCAUUCCUACACCUACGCCCAAGCCCAAUCUUUUGACUCCUGGGUCGGUUUCUGAGGCUCAAAAGCAGCCAAUGCAACCACAAGAACCAACUCAAAGUCAUUCACACGCUUCCACUCAAAAUCACGAGCGCACUCAAACGAAGAAUCAACCUCGUCAGCCUUCGACAUCUAAUGCUCGUACAAUUCCCGGUAUGGGUGGACACUUGUUAAAACGUAAGGAACGUCGUGUUCCUGGAGGAGCUGAUGUUGCAGGCAUUGGUCCGGAUGCUACAUCAGGAGAGUUUAAUUUUGCUGAGCGACUUAAUGAUUUUGACAAGAAGCAAGAGUUUUGUAAGUUGGAGGAGAACACAAAGGAGCCGACAGGUAGCUAUCAAAAAUCUUCAUUCUUUGACACAAUUUCAUGUGACGCUCUGGAUCGACUGGAAGGACAACGCUCUAGAAUGAGUGGCGCUGAGGAGAGGAAACUAAACACGGAAACAUUUGGAGCUGUAGGUUUGAAUAACCGUCGUAACUUCCGUGGCCGCGGACGAGGACGACGUGGAGGAAGCCGCAAUGGGAGUUGGAAUGGAAGUCGCGCUCAAGGAGGCAAUGGUGGCAAUCGUAAUAGUAAUGGUUCGUCUAGACCACAACCUGCUGGACCCUAG